AUGGACUUAAAGCUACACAUUCUCAGCGAGUUGAGUGAAAGUCUUUUAGAUCACAUCCCACAAAGUAUUUUUAAAGUUAAUCGCCGUCUUCCUCACAUCCAUGCCCUCCUUAACAAAUACAUGAAACAAAAAUCUCAUUUAUUGCCCCAAUCCGAGCAAAAAACCAAAGAAUUCCUAGCGGGAACCAGCUAUAACCCCAGCAAUAUUGACAUUCUGUUGAAUAAGCUAGCUGUAGAAGCUCAGCAUUAUGAAAUGUACAAAGAGGAAGAGCCCACAACACAGAAUCCUGAAGAGCUCGUGGAAAAAUACAAAAAAUUGAUCGUUCAGAGUGUUGUAGAUAGACUUAACCACGAUCCUCUCCUUGACUUCAAAAAUAGAGAAACUGACCAAAAGCUAACGGAUUGAAACAAAAUUAAGGAAAGAAUUGUGGAAGCACGAGGAAAGGAUUAUGCCUAUUUACAAAGAAUGAAAGAAUUUCUACUGUUUAGCUAUUUUCUUAUUCAAUAUAUGGAUAUAGGCUAAGGUGAUCAGCAGGAAUGUUUAUAUUCUCGAUAAGUUGGCAUAUUUUACUAUCCCAUCUCCUAAUCCCCCCCUUUAAAAAAAUUAUAGGCGAAUAAUAAUUUCUAUAGAAAUAGUUUUUCAAAUCCAAUUUAAUGCCACUAAAAUCGAAAAUUUUAUCUAAUAGCUUUGAAAAACAAAUUAAAUUGAAACAAAUUUUUUUAUCCACUUUAAAGGAGGCGAGUAAGAAGAAAAAGCAGACUUUGUAUACAGGAGACAAGACUCCACAAAUUGUGGCAGCUUAUAAUGCAAUUAUUUCUAAAAUUUUUCAUGCAAAAUUGACUAAUACGAGAUACCAGCCACUUCAAGAUUUAAUUUUGAUGGAACAAAAGCGAGGAGAUAUCGAUCGAGAAAGCUUCGAAACAAUCUGAAGAUUAAUUUCUGCACAGCUAAAAGACAUAAGCUCAGGCGAUCCUUUUGAGCUCGCAAUCAGUAUAAUGUCCAACACAACUGAGUUUUUUGAACAAAUGUUCGCUGAGCAAGUCUUAGAAGCCACCCACAACAUUUCAGACCCCUCAAUGCUAGCCAAAAUUACUGCAUAUUCCCAAGCCAUCCUCGAGUCAUUACCUGCAGGCACAAAUAUAUUCCUUGAUAAUAAGAAUGAGCCAGCCUGGAUGAUUCUUUAUUUCUUGCUGAGAUCUGGACUAAAAGAAGAAGCCAUAAAAUAUUGUGAAAACCAUCAUGAUAUCAAUUGGCUGGCUCAGCAUUUAACAGAUUAUUUCAGGCUAAGGGAAAUUUUGGAUUCGAGGUCUAUAUCAGAGCUGGUGAAUUCUAUGAGAGAUCCUUCAACAUUGGAUGUAUACCAGCGUGCUGUGCUGAUUUUAUUAGCAAAAAUGAACACUGAUGUUGAUGAAUUACAGCAGAAUACACUUGAGGAUUAUUUAUGGUUUAAAUUAAAAAUAGCGCAACCAAUAGAAGAAGCGCAAGCGCAAAAUUUGGAGUAUGAGUGUGAAAAUUAUACUGUAAAAGGUAAAUUUUAAAUUUCUAUUAAUAAAAAUUAUUUUAGGUAUAAAUUUGAACUAAAUAGGAUAUAAUGUGCUAGUUUUAUCGGAACUUCAAAGAUAUCUUAUUGAAUGCGGCCCUCAGCAAUUUGAAAACCAAACUAUUGUUUAUACAAUAGCGUUAAUAUCGACAAUGUGUUAUGGUGAAGCAAUUCAAUACUUGUACUCCAUUGAUGACUAUAACACAGAAGCAAUCCAUUUAGCCGUAAUUCUAAAUGAAAACAGCAUGCUACCUAUUUUUUCCAGCUUAGAUAAUGCUUUUGAAGUCUAUGAAAAUGUCAUCCAUGUAAAUUUGAAUAAAAUCAUAUCAGACUAUAUCAAAAUUUUUGAGUCAGUUUUGCCAAACGAAGCCUUAAUGUACAUUUCAUUAAUGACAAGCACACAAGUUAAAGUUAAAGUUUUAUAUGGCAUUACCGGGACACACUAGCCAAACAACCUUGACUCCAAAAAAGGUGCCUAUGCUGGGUGCAUAUGCACCUUGAGUACAAAUGGUGUAAGGCCCGACCAAAAUUGCACCCUCUUGAAGAUUCUGGCGAAACUCACUAUAGUCCUGAUAGAUGAAGACUAUGUGAGAGUUUAAAAUCUGUCUAGCCCAUCUGGCAGGGACAGGAAAAUCUUCAGGGAGAAACAAAGCUUCCGUCUUCGGCAAGGCUUCCUCAAAGGUGAAAGCUUAAUUCAAAAGAGACUGAGGCUCUAUUUUCAGCUUCAUGAGAGAAUGGGUCCGACCUGCUCAUAGGGAGUACACCUUGGAAACAAAAUUCCGUCAACAUCACGAUAUGAUUUUAUAAGAACACAAGGAAUUGUCUCUGAAGCUAGUAACUUGGUGAUUUCUUUCGAAAACUACCAAAUUGUCCUUAAUGAUGAAAUGUACAUUUUUUCUAAUAAAUUCAAAGAUGUUAUUUCUGAACAAAAUUAUAGGCUUUGUGUGGAGGCAAUUGCUGAUUAUGCAGCAAGACAAAAAGCACCAGAAGCUGUAGUUUUGUAUGAUUUGGUGGAAAACUAUGAAAAGGUACUAGAGACAUGGAUUUUUGAAAUAAAAAAUGAAAUGAAAAAACUAAUUCCUCCCUUUAAAUUGAAGAUAAAAACCCUGCUCCAAUUUAAAGGGAGGCUAAUUUUUUUUAUCCAUAAAAUUAGGUCAAUAAAAAUUAGUUCUGAAAAAUAUAAUAAUUUUUUAUAAAAAAUUAAAUAAAAAAAUUAAUCGAUCCAGCUUUGAAAACUGUUUAAUAGUAUUCUAACUGCAUUUUGUUUAUUUAAAUUAGGUCAAAGCUAAUUUAUAAAAAUUCGUACUUUCAUCAAUAAAAUUUUCUUUUGAAAAACAAAUUUUGUUACAAUUUAAAGGGGUUAAAGUACCAAAAAAUGCAAAUUUUACCGAUGUUUUGUUGCAAUUUAAAGGGAGGGAGUAAGCGAAAACUGGAAAGAAGACUUUGAAAGAGGCUGGCAGCUGAAAGAAGAAAAAGGACAAUGUGAAAUGGAAAAUUAUGUUUUAAAGAACUAUCAAGAUUUGUAUGAAAAAUAUCGCCAAGAAAGGAUCUUUGAAAACUUCGUAGAUCAUGAUAGAGCAAUUCAAAUUUUAGAGCAGUUUUUGACCUUCUAUAAUGCUGUCAUCAACAGACAGUUCCACCAUGCCCUUGCAAUAUUGUCAUCAACUUCUUUAUUCCCAAUCCGUCCCACCUCCCGACAAAGUGAAAUCCAAGGUAGAUUCAAAAGACUCCAUUUCUCAAUCAAAGAAGAAAUCCCUAACCUUAUAGUAACUGCUUUACAAGUUCACCAAAUCCUUUUAAAUUUCGCUCAAUCAUAUGAGUCAAAUGAGCUGAAAAACGAUAUGAAAGAACUUGCUAUGUAUUAUGGAGAAGCCAACGAUUUAGUAAGAGGAAUCCCCAGUGCUGAACAAAAAUUCAAAGAACUAGGCAGCUACAUAAGAGAAGUCAAAAGAAAGCUUGCAUUGAUUUAG